AUGGCAAAAGGCGGAUUAACAAGGACUCGGGUCCAGAUGGUGGCUGUGACCUCCAUUGCCACUAUACUGGGCGGCAUGUGGAUUGCUGCCUCGCGUGGUGAGCCACAAUGCCGCGCAUUUCCUGGUAGUGACGAUUGGCCGUCCUCGGCCGACUGGGAUGCUUUCAACAAGACCGUCGGAGGCAAGCUGAUCGCCACAGUCCCCGUCGCCAGUCCGUGUCAUGACACAUUCCCGGGAGUAGAGCACGACGCCGAGGAGUGUGCCCGCGUGCAAGACAACUGGGCCCGGCCCGCGUUUCACGAUGAGACGACACAUUCCACCAUGGCCGCCUUCUGGGCUAAUAACAGCUGCGAUCCCUUUACGGCUGUGGAUGCGCAGUGCAUCGUCGGAGCCUAUGUCUCCUAUGUAGUCAACGCGUCUUGUGCUUCCGACUACCAGGAGACGAUCAAGUUUGCCAGGGACAACAACUUGCGUCUGGUUAUUCGCAAUACGGGCCACGAUUAUAUGGGAAAGUCCACAGGGGCUGGUGCAGUCGCUAUAUGGACCCACCACAUCAAGGACAAGUCCAUUCUGGAUUACCACUCGGCCGUCUACACGGGCAAAGCUAUGAAAGUCGGCGCCGGUGUUCAAGCUGCCGAAGCCCAAUCUCUGGCCAAAUCAUCUGGAUAUGUGAUGGUGGAGGGCGACUGUCCAACCGUCGGUAUCGCGGGCGGUUACACACAGGGCGGCGGCACCAGCCCGCUGGGGUCCCGGUUCGGAAUGGCAGCCGACCAGGUGCUUGAGUGGGAAGUGGUCACAGCCCAAGGCGAACUCUUGACGGCAACGCCACAAGACAAUUCAGACCUUUACUGGGCCUUGUCCGGCGGCGGUGGCGGCACCUAUGGCGUGGUUCUCUCAAUGACCGUAAAGCUGCACCCUGAUGCACCCACUGCCGGCGCUACUCUCUCAUUUAUUGACUCUUCCGAUGUCUACUGGGACAUUGUGCAGACAUUCCUACAGAACCUUCCUACAGUCCUAGCUAGCGGUGUCACUAUUUACUGGCAAGCCUUGCCAGGAAACAUGUUUUUCAUGCCUCAAUCCUACUUUCCAGGCGGUACAGCGCAAGAACUACAAAGUCUAUUGCAGCCUACAUUAAAGGCGCUUAAUGACAGUGGAAUACCCUAUGCCUGGUCCACGCAAGACUAUCCUGCCUUCCAGGACGCCUUUUUGACGCUGAACCCCGACAUGAACAUUUCCGAGGUCAACCUCGGCGGUCGUCUGAUUCCCCGCUCGCUUGUGGCAACGCAUGAAUCUGCCUCUUCCUUGGUUGACGCCAUCAAGUCCAUCACGAAUAAUGGCGGGGUCCUAGCUGGCGUCUCAAUGGAUGUCAGUCAGCCACGGACUGUUCCCAACUCGGUUCAUCCACUUUGGCGAGAAACGCUGUUCCUUGCGUUUUUGGGCACAUUAUAUAAUCGAUACAACUUUACUGCCAAUAUAGUCGACCAGCAAUUUGUUACCACUGUGUUGAAUCCAGCACUGGAGAACAUCACAGCCGGAGGCGGCGCAUAUCUGAACGAAGCCGACAUCAAUCAGCCCGCCUGGCAAACUACGUUCUAUGGUAGUAAUUACGCCAAGCUGCUGUCCAUCAAGAACAAAUAUGAUCCCGACCAUAUUUUCUGGGGUCCGACUGCUGUGGGUAGUGAGGUUUGGGAGCCAUUAAACGAUGGCCGGCUUUGCAGGACGAAUACAUGA